UCUAAGGUUGAGCACUGAAGGUCAUAUGAAGAUGUAUGCCAUUCUCUUCUUUGUAUAUGUUCUCUUUUAUAAACCAUCAAUGCAAUAUUUUGCAAGUAUUCAGCAGAUGAAAGAUGCAACAGUUCAAGUGGGUGAAGAUGUGACAUUUUACUGCUUUCACCCAAAAGACCAAUUGAAUAGGGUUAUGUGGUACAAACAGACUCUGGGAGAGAGACCCGUUCUUGUAGCCUCUUCAUAUCACUGGACUCAGAAAAGUGUACUUUAUGAUGAUUUUGAAAAGUCAAAACGCUUUAGAGUAGGUGCAUGGAUUGGCAGCUUUAAUCUGACUAUUCAAGAAGCUGUACAAUCUGAUUCAGCUAUAUAUUAUUGUGCUGUUUCUUUUUCUAACAUUGUCUACUUUGGAGCAGGGACUAAUCUAGUGCUUAGAGGUUCUGAAUCCAAAAGGAUUCAUAUUCUACAACAGCCUCAACCUAGAAUAACAUCAUCAGAUGGAAAUGUGACCCUGCAAUGUACAAUCGAAAAUGACCAAGAGAGUUGUGGAGGUGAGCAGAAUGUCUACUGGUUCAGACACAGUUCCCAUCCAGGAAUCAUUUACACUCAAGGAAGCUGUAAAAACAGCUCAGUGACAGUUUCUCCUACCAAGAGCUGUGUCUACAGUCUUUCUUUGAGAAACAUCAAGCCUUCUGAUGCUGGGACUUACUACUGUGCCCUGGUCACAUGUACGGAAAUUUUAUUUGGACAAGGAAUUAAUCUGGCGAUUGACGAUCAAUAUAAGGACCAACACAUCUACAUUUUAAUAGGCCUUGCAGCACUGCUGACCAUAAGCUUCAUCAGUAAUAUUCUACUUUGUGUGAAAAUGCAGAAAGGCAACACAUCGCAGCAAGUUUAUGCUACAGAUAAUAUAAUGUCAAGUGUACAGUACAACAGGACCUCUGAUUUGAAUUACGCUGCCUUAAAAUUCACAAACCAAAGCUCAAGACAGUCGAGAGAGGAGAGACAAAGACCGACCGAGUACUCUGGACUGAAAUUUAAAAACUCUGUAUUGUAAUGCUGUAUAGUUGCUAAUCAGAGCCACUCUGAAUAUCAUGUGAUGUUAUCAUGUUAUGUUCUGAAAUAAUUUGUUUUGGGGGUGUACUAGAACAUGCUCUCAUGCUUGGUGGUUUGAAAAAACAUUAUUUUUCACAUAAUUUACAUUAUUACAAUAUCUUUCUCUCCAGUCUGGCACAAAUGGCUCAAUUUGUUCCAGGUUUGAUGAAGGCCCGCCUUCUGAAAAAUGAAAUGUGUUGUGAUUGGUUAGCUGUCCCAGUGCGUUGUGAUUGGCGAACAGCUUAGACGGUGUUUCAGUACUGCCACGCCCCUUCCCAAAGCAUAAAGUUCUGCCUACUCCAUUAUAAUUAAGGAUAUAUUAAGGUAUAGGUGACGCUACAGUAGUGUUGGGUCCUGUCGUCAGCCUGCGAGAUCACAGAUACAUGAUAUUAUCAUGCUAAUUUAUUUAAUUAUUUACAUACUUAGUUUCAUUGACCGAAACCUGCUCCAGCAUAAGGCUUAAAGCAGCCUAAUGUUUUUAAUAUGACUUAAUUUGUAUUUAACAUGACAACAAUUGAAUAAAAAACAUUGUAAGUUACUAAUUACAGUAUAAUACUUAAAUUUCCUUAGUUAUUCAAAAAGCAGCAGAAAUCGAGCAAAGUCUAGUGCAAGUUUAAUCACUUUAAAAAACACACGCGUUAUAUGUGAAGCUAUCUACACUGUAUGAUGAAUAAAUCUCUUAACACACACUGCACAUGUCUGCGGCAUGUUAUGGCUCCGACACAGCCACCAGAGCUGAUUGCGGCCACUCUAGUCAAUGCUUGUGUUUACACCAGCCGCACAGCGGCAUGUUGAAGUGUCCCAGAAGUGGCUCUCUGCACUGCAUUGCUAAAGUUAGGCUAAUCCCCCACCUCAUCCCUACCCAUCCCCCAACCAUUCGAAUUUCCAUAGGGGGGAUUUAAUUUAAUGAUAUUCUAAUGGGCUGCGUUGUGACAUCAUAACACCCAACAAACCCAAACAACGCUGUAGUCCAAAGGAACCAUUCGUUGUAGUUCUUAGUUGUAGUUCUUCAUACACACCACACACUUUAAAAUUCAAAAAGUGAAAAAGCAUAAUAAUGUGCUUUAGUGCUGAUGUUGUACUGUAUUAUUUGAACAAUAUGUCAUGUUUGUCUUAUUCUUUCCAUUAAA